CCACAACUGCAAUGGCCGACGUCCUCCAGGUAACCGCACCUGCAGAUUUCCAUGUCCACCUCAGGCAAGGCGAGCUGUCGAAGCUUGUCACACCGCAUGUCUAUCAGGGAGGUUUCCAUCUGGCAUAUGUCAUGCCCAACCUCAAACCUCCAAUCACGAACACAGAUCAGGCUUUAGAGUACCAAGCGCAGUUGAAGUCUAUCGACGAUCGCGUCGAAUACUUGAUGACGCUGUAUCUCUCUCCUGAGCUUACACCAGAAGAGAUCAGAAAGGCAAAGAAGAAUGGCAUCGCUGGCGUCAAAUCCUACCCGAGAGGAGUUACCACAAACUCGGAUGGUGGGAUUGAAUCUUAUGACGCGUACGAUGCCGUCUUCAAGGCAAUGGAAGAGGAAGACAUAGUGCUAAACCUUCACGGAGAAGUUCCUUCAGACGCCUCAAAUAACAUAUGCGUCCUCAACGCGGAAGAAACGUUCCUUCCUCACCUCGUCAAGCUUCACACAAAAUUUCCUCGACUCCGCAUUGUCCUGGAACACGCAACUACGCGUGCAGCUAUCGAAACUGUCAAGUCACUCGGUGACACGGUAGCUUGCACAAUCACUGCACAUCAUUUGGCCAUCACAGUCGACGACUGGGCAGGCCAAUCCUACCACUUCUGCAAACCUGUGGCCAAGUACCCGAACGACAGGCAGGCUCUGCGCGAUGUCAUCAAAGAAGGACACCCAAGGUUCUUCUUGGGCUCUGACUCUGCUCCGCAUCACACCCUGGCAAAGUCAACAGCGUCACCGACCGAUCCAUGCGCUGCCGGCGUCUACACAUCACCUAUCCUUCUACCUCUCGUUGCGCAUCUGCUGGAGUCUUUCGGUGCGUUGGAUAAGCUUGAGAACUUCGUGAGCGGGCACGGUCGCCGGUUCUACCAAAGUACUGCUGGAUUUGCGCCGAAGAAAGUUAGGUUGAGGCGUAGUACAAGUCUGGUUGAAAAGGAAUGGACGCUGGGCGACCAGACAGUGGUUCCGUUCUGGGCUGGAAAAAACAUCGGAUGGGAGAUCGCUCAGCCUGAGUAGACAGUAGUGUAACGUCGAUAGAUCAGGGCAUCUCAUUCGUC